GCCAAUUAGAUUAAAUCGAGACAUUUUAAACAUCAAUUGGUAAAUUGUUGAAAUUGGAUAAUUAAGGAAUUCUAAUGAUAAUUAAACCAGGAACCAGGAAAAAACAAACGGAACAAUAGAAAAUCAGAUUAAUCCUAAAUUAAUUGUAUAAAUCAUUUGAGAAGAUGUAACAAUAUUUAAGACAAAAAUCGUAAUUAUCCAACCUGAUAUUCAAGUAAUUGUUGAAUGAUAAUUGGUGAUUAAAUCAUCACCAAGAUAAUCACUUGUAGCAAUUGAAAAGACAUAUGAAACAACCAAAAUAGUGAACACGAUUAUUGUAAUUAGUUUGGACAAUUGAGUUCCUGUUGGUGGCGAUAAUGAUGAUUAUGAUAAUCAAGAUUAAUCUGAUACCAGUGAUGACAAUUAAAGAUAAUGAUUAAUCUAAAAUGGUUGGAAUUAGCCAAUUCAAAGUGUACAAAAAAAAAACCUUGAAUCGGAUUGAAGUGUUUAACCAAAUUUAAUGAAUCGUCAUUAAAAUUACAAUCAAUGUGAAGGAAACAUUGAAUGUUAACACUUACUUAAUUAUCAAAACAAUUACAAUAAUUAUCGUAAUGAUAACAACAAGUCUGGUUAAAUGGUCACUACAACUGGUCAACUGAAUCGUAAUUUAUUUUUAAAUAGAUACCACUAACUGGCAAUUCUUGCCUAACUGUUACUACUUAAUUGUAAUAAUACAAACUUUUGUUUCCCGGAUUAACUUAUUAAGAUACAACAUCAACAUCUCACUCGUCAUCAUUUAUUAUUAUUCUUUGAUAAUCAUCUUCUCUCUCUCUCUCUCUCUCUCUCUCUAUCGUUCUCUUGGUCAGCUCAGGUUAUUUUCAGAAGAAAAGAAAGAAAAAAAAAAUCGUUAUCACAAAACUUUCACUUCGCCGAGAACUCAUACUGUAUCUUCCUUAUUAUUUAUCAUCUUCUUCCUCUCCCCUUAUCUUUUUUUAUCGUUUCUCUCUCAUCAUCUUUUUCUACUUUCGUUGUUCUCUCGUCUUAAAUCAGCAUCACAACGACUGACCAACCAGUUGAGUGUAAACACAUCACCGUUUACCUGUUUACCUGAAAUCCAUUCAUCUUAUUUCUUGUUAUCCUUUUGAAUAUAUUAACUUUUUCAUCGGUUACUUGUAUUAUUGAGUUAAAAGUGAACAAAUCAAAUUUGGGUCAAUUCAUCAACUUUAUUGGUCUAUUUGUGUUUUCUAUUGGUUAUCAGUUUGAUUGGUAAAUUUUGAGAAGAAAAUUUUGAUUACUUUCCAAUUCUUUUAUUAUAACUUUGUGUGUUUCUCUUAUAUUUAUCUUGUUUAAUUUUACUCGAGAAUCUUUGUUUUUGUGAUCGUUGACCGAACAUUAUGUCCAGAUAUCUAAUGGAUUGUUUUCCUUUAAUCGUCUUCCUCUCGGUAAUACUUAUUGUCUUCGUUGAUGCUUCAUCAGGACCCAAAUUGAAAGUCAACUUUGGUCUUAAUUUACCGGGUCUAAGCUUUAAAUUACCUUCCAUGUCCCUUCCGAAAAUGAAAAUCACUGCGGUCAUCGCUCGUUCUCAACCUAAACGUCCAAUGAGAAUUCAACUUCCAUCUAUUAGUCUUCACGCUAAAUCAUUGGAAGACACUUGGGGUAACGAAGGUGGUGGAAAUGGUGGCGGAGGUUAUGAUAAUGGCUACUCAAACCAGGGAGAAGGAAACAAUUAUGGUAACAAUGGUGGUAAUGGUAAUGGCGGCGGAUGGUCAAAUAAUGGCGGUGGUAAUAAUAUCGAUGAAGGAAAACCUUAUGAAACUGCUUAUGCAAGUUCAAAUGAAGAGGAAUUUGUAGAUCCUCAUGAUGAAGAUAAUUUUGAAGAAAAUGAAGAAGACCAAAGUGAAACUAAUCCACAAUAUGAUCAAGAGCAACCAUCUAUUGAUAAUCAAUCCAAUCAAUCAGUUAAUUACACUGAAAGUCAACCAAUUGCUCAACCACAAUCUCCAAUCUUGAUUAAUACCAAUGACUAUAAAAGUAACAAUGGAUUUUAUCAAAUGAAUCCAAUGAACAAUUAUAAUCAACAAAUACCUGACAAAAAAUCACAAGAGAAAUCAACUAAUCAUGGACAAAUUAAUCAACCAAUUUAUGCAACCGCGAAUCCGAUAAUCAUGAAUCAAGAAAAUACUAAUCAACUUAAUCAUGGUCCACCCAAAUAUAAUCAAUAUGCUUUGGCAAGUCCGUUACCAUCAAAUGAUAACAGGAAUAAUGACAAUUUACUCAAUGGUGGACAAAGUGUUAAUCAUGGUUAUCGACAAUUUAUCGUUAAAUUGCCUCAUAACUUUCAAUUGCCUCAUCUCCCACUCAAUGAUAACCGAUACAAUGGUCAACAGCAGCAAAAAUUUAACGGUAAUGAUAAUGAUAAUUAUAUCCAUAAAUUACCUUACCUGAAACAAUUUAUAGUCAGUAAUGAGCCCAUGCAAUUAACUCCCAACGCCUUAGUAAUAAGAAACAAUCAAAAUGUUGGUUUUAAGCCACAACAACAAUCAACUAAUCAACCUGAUUUCUCAAAGAGAUCGAUGUUUAAUCAAAAUUACUACAGAUAUGCAAUUGUCGCUUAAUUAGUCGCAUUUAAUUUCACCUUUAUAUAAUCUCAUUCAUCAUUUAUAUUCUCAUUCCUUAUAAUCUCAAAAUAUAUUUGAUAUAAAUUGAAUACAGGGUUACAUUUAAAUAUUAUUAGUUAAUUGUAAAACUAAAGUGCUAUUCAAUCAAUUGUGAACAUCUAAUGUUCAACAUUAAUCACUAAUUAAUAAUUGUAAGACUAAAUUACCAAAAAUACCGCAUCUUAAUAUGCUAAUAGUAUGAAACUCAUUUUCUUAAUUUUUUGCAAUCAUCUUUUUCAAUUAUUAAUUCUUAUGACAAUAAACUUUUUUUUUGAUC